ACUUUGGUUCCUUGAAGUGAAGCAGAAUAAACCUUGGGAAGAGACUCCUUCAAUCUGCUGUUCGUAACUAACACACACAGUCACUCACACCGAGACUCAAUUACUGCCCAAUUCCCCUCUUUAUCAUCUCCUCCUGCGACCGGUCUCUUACGAAACCAAAUCGAAAAGGAAAAGAAAGCGCAACGUAAAACGAAGUAUUACACAUAGCGAAAUCAAAGGGAAUAACUUCAAGUGUGAAAACUACGGUGACUGUGCAGGGAUGUCUCAAAGCUGAAGUCACUCCACCCCACUCCCCCCGCCACACACGAUAUGGAGUCUGGUGAGCGGCUUGCCUCCCCCUCCUCAGGCGCAGGUGUGUCUGUGCACGCAGCCGCUAGCGCCCCCGCCACGGCCGCCUCCUCUUCCUCACCUGCCGCGUCCUCGCCCGCAUCCUCCUCAUCACCUGCAACCAAUGCCAAGAGCAACCUCGGGCACGCCGCCUCCGCCGCCACGCUAGGGCCCCUGUUUGGGGGUGGUGAGCAGGCAUUCGGGGGCUCCUCUAUGGCCGGUGCCUUCCCUCUGCUGGGCCAUCCUGCCUUCGGCCUGCUGUCUCCAGGCUCAGCGCGCCCCGAAUUCGGUGGUCUUGGGGCCCUGGGUGUUACAGCAGCUCUGGCUGCACACCCGCAACUGGGAGCCUUCACAGAGUGGUGGAGAGCCACGGAGGCCCACGGCCACACGCCGGCUGCCUUCUUCCCCCCCUUCCUGGGCCUGCCGCACCUCUUCGCCCCUCCUCUGCAGAACCAUGAGGCCAGUCCCUACCAGUCCCGCACACCCAGCAAGAGCAGCCGGACCCCCAAGGGUGUGAAUGGCGCGGUCAACGGCAGUGUGGUCUCAUCCUCCUCGGGCCCAGGCAAAGGGAGCAUCAGCAUCACCCCAUCCUCAGCGGCUCAGGGGCCCCUGGACCAGGCCCGGGCCCCCGGCUCCAAACCCUGCGGCCACAAGAGCAGCCUCCACAACAGCAGCGCAGCUACAGCAGAGUUGCUGGACAAGAGCAGCGGGCAGAAGCCCAAAGAGAAGAAGCUGCGUAAAAAGGCUGGCACAGGCUCAGCCGUGAGUGACAGCGAAUCGGGCUCCUCGGACAGUGACCUCGAUGGUGUGAGCAGCAGCGACCUUGAUGACCUGGGUGAGGAAGAUGAGGAUGACGAUGAAGAGGACGAUGAUGACCAGAGCAAAGAGAGCGAUGAGUCAGACUAUGAGAAAGAGAGGCAGAAGAAGAAGGCAAAGCUACUAACCCCUACCUCUGGGCUGAAGAAAGACAAAUCCAAAUCUUCCAAAGCCCUGGAUCCCCCCACACUGCUCCCCUCCUCCCCCCCUCUGCCCCUCCCCCCAGCCCACACCAGUGUGAUCCAGGCCAUAGGGCUGGCGGCCAGCACUAAGCCCCUAGCCCUGGUGGCCCACCCGAGGGGUUUUGGUGAAGGCUCCCCGAAACAACAACGGCCGCCACUGGCCGCCUCACCGUCCUCCUCAGCAAAGCCUCGGCCCUCGUCUCCGCAGCACGCUCCGCUCUCACUCUGCUCGUCGCCCAAGCCGCUCUCAGUGCCCUCUCCGCCGCGGCCCAUGCCCCACUCCUCGUCCCCAAAGCCGCCCUCCCUCUCACCCUCGCCGCUGCCCACAGUAAGGGCCAAGCCACAAAACCCCUCGCUGGAGGCCACCGCCAGCCGGAAGCUUCUGGAAGCAUCGCUGGCUCACCUCACCCAGUUCCGCUUCAAACAGUCUUUUCUGUCUCAGGAGCAGGCCUUCCCUCUCCCCCUGAAAAGGCAGUCAGGCUCCUCCAAGAGCAGUCGGAGGUCAGGGGUCCACUCCUCAUCACCAUUGCCUUCCUCCUCUUCCUCCUCCACCUCCUCCUCGCUCCCCCCUCCCAAACUCACCCCUGAAGCCACCAGCGCUCGCACCAAGCCCCCUCCAGAGGUCCCGGGCCUCCUACUGCCCCCCAGCCUGCUGGGCCUGCACCCGCCUAACGGGGUCAUCCAGCACCCCCCCACCCAGGACGCCCCCCUGGCCCUCACCACCAAGCCCCGCACCCCCAGCAGCCAGCAGGGGGCCUCUCCGUACGCCCCCUCUCCCGCCUCCGACACCUCCCUGCCAGUUAACCUCAGCACAGGAAGCGGGCGCACCCAGCCACCCCCAGCUACCCUGUCCUCCUCCUCCUCCUCCUCCUCCUCGGCCGCAGCCGUAGGGACCCUCCAGAGUAGCACCCCUCUGGCGACCCCUGCGGCCCCCAGCGAGGGGGGUCGAGCCCGGGGGCCACGCAAGAGCAAGACCCCCAAAGCACUGGGGACCUGGAAGGGCAGCAGUCAGAACCACCUGGCCCAGUCACUGGUGGACCUGUUCCAGCACGGGGCGAAGGCCGAGGGGGGCGAGCCAGCGGCUGCCAGCAGCAAGGACUCGGACGACUCUGGGGACGAUGAUGACGACGAGGACGACGACUUGUUGGACGAAGAGGACGAGGAUGAGGAGGAUUCUGAAGACAGCCUCUCAGAGUCGGACAGCAACUCUGACGGCGAUGUGAACGGCUCGGAGAAGAAGAAGAAGAAGAGCAGUGGGAGUGGCAGCAGUGACGCGGCGCCGGCCGCCAUGGGCUCCCUGGAGGGGGAGAAGACCCCGCUCAAGCUGACCACCAAACACCGCGCCUCGUCCUCCGCCAAUCACAGCCUCUCCGACUGCUCGCCACUCAACCUGCAGGUCAUCAAGCCCACCGGCAUGGCCACUCCCACCAUUGUGACCAGCGCGGGCGCUCUGACCUAUCACAGCUCUCCGUCCUCUUCCUACUCCGUGGGGAGCACGCCCCCAGGCUCUGCAAAGAGGAAGAGGGUGAUUAGUGAGGAGGAGCUGCGAAUUCCUCUUGAGAUGGGCUGGCAGCGAGAGACACGGAUCAAGAUGGCAGGGGGUCGUCUCCAGGGCGACGUGGCGUACUACGCACCCUGUGGCAAACGGCUGCGCCAGUACCCUGACGUGGUGAAGUAUCUAUCCAGAAAUGGAAUAGCUGACAUCACACGAGAUAAUUUUAGCUUCAGUGCAAAAAUAAGGGUUGGUGACUUCUAUGAAGCCAGAGAUGGACCCCAGGGUCUGCAGUGGUGCCUGCUGAAGGACGAGGAGGUCAUCCCUCGCCUGCUGGCCAUGGAGGGUCGGCGUGGGCGUCCCCCCAACUCGGAGCGGCUGCAGCGGCCGGCCGAAGAGGGCUUGGGCUCAGGGUCCGGCGGGGGGUCCGGUGGGGGGUCACGGCGCCGCAAGGGGCGCCCGCCUAACGUGGGCGAGGCCGACUUCCCCAGCCCCUCUGAGGCAAAGCUGCUGCGCAAGCUGGAGGCACAGGAAAUUGCCCGGCAGGCAGCCCAGAUGAAGCUGAUGAGGAAACUGGAGAAGCAAGCCCUCGCCAGAGCAGCCAAGGAGGCCAGGAAACAACAAGCAAUAAUGGCUGCAGAGGAAAGACGGAAGCAGAAAGAACAAAUCAAGAUUCUUAAGCAGCAGGAGAAAAUUAAGCGUAUUCAGCAAAUCAGGAUGGAGAAAGAGCUGCGAGCCCAGCAGAUACUCGAGGCCAAGCGGAAAAAGAGAGAGGAAGCUGCCAAUGCCAAAAUAUUGGAAGCAGAGAAACGGAUAAAGGAGAAAGAGAUGAGGAGACAACAGGCGAUUAUUCUGAAGCACCAGGAGAUGGAGAGGCAUAGACUAGAUAUGGUAUGGGAGAGGGAGAGGAGGAGGCAGCAUGUGAUGCUGAUGAAGGCCGUAGAGGCUCGCAAGAAGGCCGAGGAGCGCGAGCGUCUGCGUCAGGAGAAGCGGGAUGAAAAGCGACUGAAGCAGGAGCGCAAGAUGGAGCUGCGGCGGCUAGAGCUGGAGAUUGCCCGCGAGAUGAAGAAGCCCAACGAGGACAUGUGCCUCGCUGACCACAAGCCUAUGCCGGAGUUGUCCCGUAUCCCGGGGCUGGUGCUGCCGGGCCUGGUGUUCUCUGACUGCCUGAUGGUGGUGCAGUUCCUGCGGGCGUUUGGCCGGGUGCUGGGCAUGGAGACGGGCGAGGUGCCCACGCUGGGCGUGCUACAGGAGGGCCUGCUCAACCUGGGCAACAGCAUGGGCCGUGUGCAGGAUCUCCUGGUGCGCCUGCUCUCCGCCGCCAUAUCUGACCCCGGCCUGCCCCCUGGUCACAAGUCUAAGACCAUUCUGGGCGAGAGCCUGGCCAACGUGGGCCUGAACCGGGACAACGUGUCCGAGGUGCUGCAGAUCUACCUGGAGGCGCAGAGCUGGCAGGCAGGGCCGGCCCUCACACGCCUGGCCCAGAGCAUGCGCACCAAGGCCUUCCAGGCCCACACGCCUGCCCAGAAGGCCUCCAUACUGGCCUUCCUCGUCAACGAGCUGGCCUGCAGCAAGAGCGUGGUCAGUGAGAUUGACAAGAGUCUCGAUCACAUGACCGUCAUGCGCAGGGAUGAGCUGGCCAUGGAGGUUAAACUGAAAAAGCUGAAGAUUAUCCACGCUAAGCGCACAGGCAAGCGUGAGGUCAGCCUCGGGGGGGAGGAGCCUCAGUCCACAGGCACACCCACUCCAGGAAGCAAGCGCAAGCGGAAGGGCGACAGUGAGGACGAGGACGAGGAGGAUGAGGAGAGUGACGAGGCCGGAGAUGAGGACGAGGAGGAAGAGGAGGAGGAGGUGAAGAAAGUCAAGAAGGUGGAGACCUGUGACGAGGACGAGACAGACCAGGCGACUAGUGUGGAGGAGCUGGAGAAGCAGAUCGAGAAGCUGGCGAAGCAGCAGAACCUGAUCAGGAAGAAGCUGUUUGAGGCGUCUCACUCGCUGCGCUCCAUGAUGUAUGGCCAGGACCGCUACCGCCGGCGCUACUGGGUGUUGCCGCAGUGCGGGGGCGUCUAUGUGGAGGCUCUGGAGAGCGGAGAGGGUCCUGAGGAGCUAGAGAAGGAGCGUGAGCGUCUGCGGAGCUUCCAGGCCAUGCAGAUCAAAGAGGAGCCCCUGCAGCCAGAGCAGGAGCAAAAGGAGGAGGAGAAGAAGGUGCUGCCUCCCACUGAUGAUCUAGAGGUCAAGCAGGAGCCUACAGAGGAGGAGGAGGAGGAGGAUGUGGCAGCGCUGGAGCCAAUGGAGGAUGAAGGAGGGGAGGAGGAGGAGGAGGAGGAGGAGGAUGUAAAGGAGGAGAAACCGGCCGUGGUCGAUCCCAAACUGAGCCCCAAGGAGGGCGACGAGAGUAGCGACCCCAUCACAGAGGAGCCACAGCAAACAGCCGGCGUCCUACUCCCUCACCCCUCCUCCCCACUGACCGCACCUGAGCCGCUCACUGAGGAGCAGCUCCCCGAGGCCUCCUCACAGGUAGCCGAGGGGUCUCCCCCUCUCCCCAAUGGCUGCCCGCACGCUGCCCUGUCCACCACGGUGACCUGCCCCUCACCUCCAGACACCUCCCCGAAUCCUCCGCCGCCUCCACUGUUAUGUAGCAGCCCCAGCAGAGGGGUGCCCUUGGCCCUGCCGCCUGCUGCCCCACACGGCCUGCUGGUAGCGCCACUGGCUGCCGGAGCGUCCAUCCCAGGAGGACUGCCACUUUCCCAGCAGCCUUUGCUGCUGCCCAGUGACCAGCUGAUGCGGGUGCUGACGGAGAGAGGGGGCCACUGGUUCAGCCUGUUGCCACGGGCACCCUGCGAUGACACCUCCCUCACCACACCUCCACCUGGGGCGCCACGCAUCACUUCCUCCUCUGCGGACCCCCUGGCUGCCACCACAAGCACCACCAGCGGGGGCGCUACUGCGUCUCCCUCCACCAGCGCGGCCCUCCCUCAGCCCAAAUCCCCCCCCUCCUGCUCCCCCAAUCCCCACGCAGCCAGCCCGCUCCACUCCCUCACCACCCCAGCCAGCUACAGCCUGUCACCACUGCAGGUGACACCUGGCAUGGGCCUGCCCAUGUGUAGCUGGUCCGGAGGGCUGGUGACCCCCCAUUUGCCCCUGUGCAGCAGCCCACUGCCCCACUACCCGUCUGGAGAGGGCAGCGCCAGCCCCCUGCUGCCCCCCAGUGUCUGCACCAGUCUGAGCGGCUCGCCCGCUCCGCACGGGGACAAGCCCACUGGGGCCAUGUCGCCCGUGCCCAUCCUGGAGCUGAGCCGGCCACAGGACCACCCCACGCCACAACCCAUCCCAGAGGACAAGAUGCUGGGCUGGUGGAAGCUGUCGGACAUGGGGGAGCUGAAGGCUGUGAUGGCCAGUAUGCACAGCCGUGGCAUCCGGGAGAAGAGCCUGCAGAAACAACUCCAGAAGAACCUGGAGCUCAUCACACAGACCUGCAACAAGAACAAAGAAGUGGCAGUGAUGGAGGUAUCGGUGCUGGACGACGAGGGCCAGGUGUCGGAGGAGACGGUGCAGACGUGGUGUGUGGAGGAGCAGGCCAUGGAGACAGACAUCGCCCUGCUGGUGCAGGUGGAGGAGCUCGAGAAGAAAGUCACCGCUGCCAGCCUGCAGGUCAAGGGCUGGAUGUUCCCGGAGACCCAGUCGGAGCGCGAGGACCUGGUGUACUACGAGCACAAGAGCCCCUCCGCAGCGCCAUCCGAGGGUGGGCGUGGGAACAGCAGCGGUGGCGGUUCGGAACGCGGCACGCUCGAGCGGCAUCUGGAUAACCCGCUGGACAUCGCCGUGACCCGACUGGCAGAACUGGAGUGCCACAUCGAACGAAGGUACCUGCAGAGCCCGCUGGGCAGUACCAUCCAGAUCAAGCUGGAUAACGUGGGCACGGUCACGGUGCCCGGCCCCGCACUUUCCACGGGCGCUCGCGGGGAAGGCAGCGAGGAGGAGGUGGCUCCGGGUCUGAAGGUCUGGAGGAAAGCCCUGAGUGAGGUCAGGAGCUCCUCCCAGCUGGCCAUGUGCCUGCAGCAGCUACAGAAGUCCAUCGCCUGGGAGAGGUCCAUCAUGAAAGUGUACUGUCAGAUCUGCAGAAAGGGAGAUAAUGAUGACCUGCUGCUGCUGUGUGAUGGCUGUGACAAGGGCUGCCACACCUACUGCCACAAGCCCAAGAUCUUCACCAUCCCUGAGGGAGACUGGUACUGCCCAGCCUGCAUCACCAAGGCCAGCACCCCAUCUCCCAAUAAGAAUAAAAAGCCGCAGACCAAGUCGUCAGCACUGGCAAAGAAGAGCAAUGAGGGGGCCAAGCGCAACAACAACAACAACAACAACAACAACAACAACAAGCAGCCCAAGCCCAUCGAGGAGGCUGCUGCUGCUGCUGCUGCUGCUUCUGCUGCUGUCCCCACUGUGGUCACCACAGGGGCUUCAGCAGGGGCCACGGCCGGGCCCAGCACCCCGCCAAAAAAGGGGGCCAAGGACCCCAAGAAGAGCUCCCCGCCUCCUACCACCACCAAACAGGAGAGUCCAGUGUGUGUAAAGCGUGCCAAGACAGCGCGGGACAACAACCGGGACCUGGGGCUGUGCAGGGUGUUACUAGCAGAGCUGGAGCGUCACCAGGACGCCUGGCCUUUCCUGACUCCCGUCAACCAGAAGUCUGUUCCUGGAUACCGCAAGGUCAUCAAGAAGCCCAUGGACUUCUCCACCAUCCGCGAGAAGCUUGUUAGCAGCCAGUAUCAGAAUCUGGAGACGUUCAUCAUAGACGUGAACCUAGUGUUUGAUAACUGUGAGAAGUUCAAUGAGGACAACUCGGACAUUGGCAGGGCCGGACACAACAUGCGGAAGUUCUUCGAGAAGCGCUGGACUGAGCUGCUGAAGCAGACGAACUAAGACACCCUGCUCUCUCUCUCUCUCUCUCUCUCUCUCUCUCUCUCUCUCUCUCUUCCAUCUCUUUCCCCUGCUCUCUCUCUCUCUUUCUUUCACGCUCUUUCUCCAUACCAACCUCCAUCUCUCUCCAUGUGCUCUUUGCUCUUUUUGGCAGUGGACAUUUCAGAAGACUUGACGUCAUAAACUACUCCUCCGUCUGUACUGACAGGACGAACGAGUUCAAUCACUGCUGUCGCUCCAGAGCCCCUUGGGGAAACCUCCUCUCCACCAGCCAGGCUUCUCUUUCCCCGUAAACCACUCGUUUGGCUCGCUCACACACUCACACCCAAAGAGACCCUGACAAGUAGGGGGGAGGGUCUUCGUGCAAUACCAUUUCCUUAAAAGACAGAAACAAAGGAAGAACAUGGCACUGAAACUACAACCAUCAGAGCUGUAACUAAAUAAAGAGAAACACUUUCCACUACCUGUAAAUAUCUUUUUUAAAAACUUUAUGGUUAAUAUUAAUAGUGAAUGUAUUUAAUUUUUUAUUAUUAAUUAUUUAUGAAAGUAAAUAAAUAAAAAGUGAAAAAAAGAAUAAAAAUGAAAAAUAAGGUCCACUCUUCAUUUUCUAUGAAAAGGAAGAAACAACAAAAACAAAACAAAGAAACUGCUUUAAACGAAACUUCUGGAAUGUCUUUUGUUUUUUUGUGUGUUGUUUUUUUUUUUUUUUUUGUUCUCUCCAAAUAUGAAAAUCAAGCCAAGAAAAAAAAUCACCAGAAAAAUAAGGAAUCUGUUUACACUGAUCUACAUGCCAGAGGACAUGGAGUAUUCAAAACAGCUUGACUGUAGAAACUGCAUCUCUCUCUCUCUCUCUCUCUCUCUCUCUCUCUAAUCUGGCAUUGACCACCCUCAUGUAUAUAACUGUCUAGUAAUGUCAAUAUUCAGUCUGGGAAUGAUGAUAUGUACAUAUUGUUUCAGACAUCAGAUAUGGUUUAUUGCCUUAGGAACGAUUGUAGCAUUCUCCUUAUGUUUAGUCUUAAAAACAAAAGGAAAAAAAUAGUGAUGGAACAUAUAUUGGUUGUACAAUUCUGCGCAUACAUAUCCACUGCAAACACUGUGGUCUCCUUAAAACUUGGUAGUGCCUGCCCUGAACAGAUAGGGGUGUAGGAAAAUAUUUUUAUUUUCAUUUUUGUAACAUUGUUAUUAUUAUUGUUAUUAUUGCUGUUAUUUUUUAAUAUAUCGAACACACCCACUUAAAUGGACAUACUGUAUUCAUAUCUAUCUGUGUGGAAAAAAAUGAAAUGUCAGGAGUAUUUUUUCAGUAUGCCCCCAUCCCUCUAUCUGCCUUGCCACAGAAAGGAGAACAGCAUCUGUGACCACUGUGUUGUGAGUCUUUCUAUCUUUUUCUCUUGCUCUCUCUCCCUUUCUUUCUUUUUUCUCUCUUUCUGUGUUGUGGCCUACUGGAGGCAGCUAGAACAGUUUUAUUUUGUAUCCAAGUCAGAGUACUUGAAGUAAUUUUAUUUAAAGAAAAAAAAAUGUUGUGGGACAUGAAAAAAACACAAAUGAUAAUUGUAGUGUUCUUUUUGUAGGAGCAUUAUUUUUCACUAGUAUGUGUGUGAGUGUGUGGAGGUGUGUGGCACGGGCCUAUUAAAGGAUGUUUUUAAACCAA